CGCCGCGCCGGGGGCAGAGUCCAGCGCGGGCGGCGGCGGCCGCAGGAGCCCGGGGCCGGCGCGGAAGAUGCCGCUGGGGCUAAGGAGCAAGAAGAAGGACAAGUCCAAGGAGACCUUCAAGCUGGUGGAGAGCGAGGCGGCGGCCCCGGUCCCCACGGCGGCCCCGGCGCCGUCGGCCAGCGCGUCGCGGCUGCAGUUCCACACGCAGCUGGCGCACGGCAGCCCCACGGGCCGCGUGGAGGGCUUCGGCAGCGCCCGCGAGCUGUACGCCCGCAUCGGAGCGGCCUUCGGCAUCCACCCCGCCCAGAUCAUGUUUUGCACUUUGAACACUCAUAAAGUUGAUAUGGACAAGCUCUUAGGUGCACAAAUCGGCCUUGAAGAUUUCAUAUUUGCCCAUGUGAAAGGACAGCGAAAAGAAGUGGAAAUUCUUAAAACUGAUGAUAUGCUGGGACUUACCAUUACAGACAAUGGAACGGGCUGUGCCUUUAUAAAGCGAAUCAAAGAAGGCAGCAUUAUGGACCAAACCAAAACUGUCUGCGUGGGUGAUCACAUAGAGACCAUAAAUGGGAAAAAUGUGUCAGAGUGUCGGCAUUAUGAAGUUGCCAAAAUGCUAAAAGAUCUGGAGAAAGGUCAGAAGUUUAAGCUGGAGUUGGUAGAGCCUUUGAAAGCAUUUGAAAAGCUGGAGCCAAGGUCCAAAGGCAGAACUCUGUCAGAGGCUAAAAUCUCCAAAGGGAGAGAAACACUUCGCCUGAGAGCCAAAGGCCCUGCUACUGUGGAGGAAAUGCCAACUGAAGUUGAAGAAAAAGCAAUUAAAAAAGUGGAUGAGCUUCUUGAAACAUACAUGGGCAUAAGAGAUGUUGAAUUAGCUGCAACAAUUGUGGAAGCUGGAAGAGACAAGAAAAACCCAGAUGAAUUUGCAGUGGCAUUGGAUGAAACUCUUGGAGACUUUGCAUUUCCAGAUGAGUUUGUAUUUGAUGUAUGGGGAGCAAUAGGUGAUGCUAAGCAAGGACGACUGGAAUGAGAACUGUGCAGUUCAUCAACCCCUGUUUGAAAAUACAGAAUCAUUUGCAAAUACAUCAGAAUGUUAAUAAUUUUAUUGGUGUGAAUUCAGAGUGCUCUGCAUAAGCAUUCUGACCUGAGAUUUUCCUUUGCAAAGGAAGGUUUCUAACAGAAAUGAAGGUAAACCCAAACUUCUGACAACUGCAAUUUAAAACAUUUAAUUUACAUAUAGAAAUCACUGUGAGGAGAGUGUCAAGGUGAUAUAUUUAUACAGAAAUUUUAUGAAAAUUAGAUAAUUUUUAUUGUACAUACACUUUGAUACCAAGUGUUAGACAUAUGCAACAAAGAGUUUGGAUUAUUUUAUCUCUUUAGAGAGGUUUAUAAAGCUGUUGAGAAACUACCUAGCUUCAUGCUGCAGUUCCCUGGUUUUCUGCUAUUCCUGUGUAUUAACCUAAAGCCUUAUGUUUUCUUACAGUUUGGCCUGGACAUUGUUUUUACUGUAGGCAAAGCUGGGAAGAAGCUACCCUGUUUCUUUAGAACCCAAAUUGAGGGGAAAAUAAUUUCCUCUAAAACAUGAAAACUAAGAUCUUUGGAUGAGAAAGGCUUGCUUGCAUUUGAGUCAUAAUAUGCUCUGUCUGGGUUCUUACUGAGAUGAGUAGAAAUGCCUAAACCAGGAAGCUGCUGCUUUAUUCAGAUGCCAUAUCAUUGCAAUAGGAACUGCAUGGAAAGAAAUAAAUGUUAACUUUGAUUAAUAUUAAUGCAUUUGAAUAAUAUCUGGAGACUGCACUGGAGACUACAGUAUAUCACUAAGUGCUUAAUUGAUCUUUUCAUAUGCUAAAUGAUUUCUUGAGAUCCCAUGGAGUUCCCCUCUUGUCUGUGGGUUUUUUCAACAUGGCAACACAAGAGAGAUAUUGAAGGUGUUCAAACCCAAAAAAUAUUAUUGUAAAGUCACAAAGAAUUGUAGUUUGGAUGACAAUGCAUGCCUAGGCCCUGAAAAGUAUGUUUAACUAAUCUUAGAUGUUAGGUUUUCCAAUUAUAUUGUACAUAAAUGUUUAUUUUGACUACUAAUUUUUUACUUAUAAAUCUGAGAUUAUUGCAAAUGAAAUUAAACAAGAAUGUGGGUUCUGAUCUGGGAAGAUGUCAUAUCUUUUUAAUAUUUUUAUAUUUGCAUAAGAAUAUAAAGUAAUAAUUACUACAAAAGUUUUUUCUAAAUCACUACCUGAAGAAAAUGUCUUUCACUGAAUUGCAGAGAUCUCUUUAAAAUAAAGAUUAUGCCAAUAACUUUACA